AAAAAGGCCACAUAGGAUCCCAUUACCCGAUAGAGUCGGCAAAAAAAGUCUCCUUUACCCACAUUUCCCCAUCACAACAUAACGGCUCUAUUUUCUAAGAUCACACUCUUAGCGCCUCUCCCCACUGCACUCUAGCUUUAAGGUCGGACAAUUCAUUUCCAUUUCCAGCAGACAACACACCUGACCGUUAAAAACUCAAUCGACUGACCCUCUUCAAAUUCUUCCAUUUUUCUCUCUCUUCUUUGCUCAUCUUCACUGCGAAACCGAGUCAGUGACUCAGUGAGUGAGUAGGAGUUGGAGUAGGAGAGAGAAAAUAAUGUCAGUUGCUUAUGCAGUGAGAACCCAUUGCAAGAAACUCGCUAAAUUGGGUGCUUAUUUUCGACGAGACUUCAAUUCUUCCAAAUGUAAGACAUGGGCUCGGAUGACGACGGCUCGAAUUAAGCUGCUACGGAAUAAGAGAGAGACGGUGGUUCGGCAGAUGAGACGGGAUGUUGCGUUGCUUCUUCAAUCGGGUCAGGAUGCUACUGCUCGAAUUCGGGUUGAACAUGUCAUCAGGGAGCAGAAUAUGAUGGCUGCAAAUGAGAUUCUUGAGCUCUUCUGUGAAAGACUAGUUACAAGACUUUCUAUAGUUGCAAAGCAGAGGGACUGCCCUUCGGACUUGAAGGAAGCCAUCUCUAGUUUAAUAUUUGCAGGACCAAGAUGCUCAGACAUUCCAGAACUUCUGGCAAUACGGGAUAUAUUUCAGAAAAAAUAUGGAAAAGAUUUUGUAGAUGCAGCUACGGAUUUGCGUCCUGAUAGUGGUGUAAAUCGUUUGUUAAUUGAAAAGCUCUCUGCUUUAAACCCUCCUGGAGAAUUAAAGCUCAGGGUCAUGAAGGAAAUAGCGAAGGAGUACCAGGUUGAAUGGGAUACAACUGAGACGGAGACAGAGCUUCUCAAGCCUCCAGAGGAGCGCAUUGAGGGACCACGAACAUUUGUUAGCGCUGGAAGCCUGCCAUUGAAUUCUGGAAGAGCACCUCCAUCUGCUGAAGCUCAGAAGUCUACGACGCCUACGACCAGAGUAUCAAGUGGUGGUGUUAAUGAGAUGGGUAGUGCAAAUUAUCAAGAUGUAGCAUCAGCAGCAAAAGCAGCUGCUGAUUCUGCAAAAGACGCUGUUGCUGCUGCCCAAGCUGCUGCCCAACUAGCUCAAACAUCUUCUGAUAUCAACACAAGAAGUAAUCAAUCACCACAUCCUGUCAACCAAGAGGGUAAUUUGGGAACCCAAGGAAGGGAAUACAGAUCUUUCAGUUUAGGAGGAGCUGGAAAUAAUUGCCACAGCAAUACUGACAUGAACUCAGAUGAUAUGGAUUUUAACAUAGUAAGACGGCACAGCUACAACGUUCGUCGUACACAUACUGAUAUUAAAUUUGAUGAAUCGGAUUGUGAUGAAGAUAUCGAUAUGGAACAACAGCCUCCAAGUGGCAUGUAUGGUAAACCUGGGACUCCUUCUGUUCAUCCCAAGUUGCCAGAUUAUGAUGCUCUCAGUGCUCGUUUUGAAGCUCUGAAAUAUCGCAAAACAUAAAAGCCAUCACAUGUGGCAGUAAGGGUUUGGACAUUAUAUAAAUCUUAAUGGUUUGUUACGUAUAUACAUAUAUAGCUACAGCGAUUCUUUUCAAACAGUAUUCAUUUGGUCAAAUUAAUUAUGUUGUGAUGCAUCAAUGUGGAUUACUAUGAUUGUAGAAGAUUAAAGUUCUAUUUAUGAUGAUAUUCGGAAGGUAUAUAAUUUAUAUAGUCGAUUAGUCGUUCGUUAAGGAGAAAAUUGAAUUCAUAGAGAUACAGAGAUACAUGUUUCAUUUUUGUUGGGCUUUUUUAUCAUUAUAAAUUUAUAAACAAUGCUAUUCAAAUAAUACCAUUUUUGUAA